AUGCAUGUUUCAGUCCAGCUUGAAAGUCGCAUACAGACUCUCAGCGCCGGGGAAGCAACGCGCCCAGAGGAGCCAGACACAUCUUCUAGUACCGGUGCCUUGGAUGGUAGCAGCGGAGGUGUCGGGGUUGCUGAGCCACAAGAUGAGGGUCAGCCAUUCUCCGAAGAGGUGGCCGAUGAGGAACACCAUGAUGAACAUUCUCCAACUGAUGUUGCUUCAACCGAGCUACUGGAGGAGCUAAGAACGGCGCUCUAUUUCGACAAGCUUCACCAUGCGUCGCCAAUGAUACAUCGCUCUCGCUACUUGUCUUCUCUCCGCCUUUCCCACAGCUCACAGCCCCCAGCAUGUCUGCAGCAGAUGGUAAUGGCAACGGGUGCAAGUGUCAUUCCGAUACAUGCCCCCUUGGCCAAUUCUCUAUACAAACGGGGGAGAGCACUAGCCGAGGCGGACGAGAUGAAGGACCAGCAGGACCAUCCAGUUUGUGUCGCUCACGUUCAAUGCUGGCUUCUGAUUGCCAACUUUGAGGCUCGAAAUGCAAACUUUUCAAGAGCGUGUGUCAGCCUGGGUCGAGCCAUCCGGAUGGCACAGCUGCUCAACCUACAUCAACUUGACCGGGACAGCAACAGUAGCCCCCCUUCCAUAUUUCCUACUAUAAUGCAACCGCCUCAGGAUUGGUGUGAACUAGAAGAACGGCGCCGAACGUGGUGGGUUGCUUACGUCUCGGAUCGACUGCUCUUUGCAACUUCGGGUUUACCUGCACUUAUCGAUGACCAGGACGUCUUUACGUUACUGCCCGCGUCUGAGGAGGCCUUUCAGAAUGGCUCUCCCGAGCCCACGACCACACUGCGUGACGCAUUGCAGAAAAUCGACACAACUCCUUCGACUUAUGGAGCUCGAGUCAUGGCGGCGUCGCUAUUCUACCAAGCUUCCAAGACAGCACCCCAGCCGAACUCGGACAAUCAAGAAGAUGAUGAGUACUGUCAGCGGUUACAAGGCAUCGACCACGGUUUAUCGGCUCUAGCAGACAUGCUCCCAGCCAACCUCCAGCUGCCACAGAACUCAGCAUGCCAGCACGCCGUCUUCGUCAACAUCCUAAUCCAUACCGCCACCAUGUGCCUCCACAAAACUGCAGCUCAAAAGGCAAAAUGUCUCCAAGGGCCUGAAGCAGAGCUCCUGGCACGCGAGAGCCACAACAGGAUGUUUGCAGCCGCAGUCAAAGUCCUCGACGUGUUUCAGCACACGCGAGAUCUUGUCAUGGCGCUCCAGAACCCGAUCCAAGACUACACGGCGUACAUCGCUGCUCUAGUUUUCCUUCAAGACUUCAGCGUGGGGAGAAGCGUGCAGAGCAAGUGUGAUGCCCUGUUCUUGUUUGGCAUUUUGCGAACUGCCGGCGAAAUACACGCCGUUGCCCGCAUGCUGUCGGUUCAGCUGGGAGCUCAAUUGGAGAAUUGUGGCAUUGAUAUACCUGAGGAUGAUGAAAUAGAUCUUGACAGUCUCGAAGCUUAUAGAACAAGAAGAAAUCGAGGCUAG